UUGUACCGCAUCGAAAGGCAAACGAGAGCAUUAAAAAAAACCCUGCGUGACAGCGUCAGACAUUCGCAGCGAAGAAAAGUGCGAAAUUAAAAAUAAGAAUUUUUCUCCGUUGUGCAGCGUUGUGUUCCGUUUCAUAUUUACAAAACAAAUACAAUAUCUCAAAGAUUGAUUUCGCGUAACAUUCAACGAAAAUGACAACCAGUUUUAAAGUGAAACGCGAACCAGGAACGAGACAAUUCAUUUUGAUCAACGAAGAAAAUUUGAUUAAAGAAGUCCGAAAGCGACCAAUUUUAUACGAUAAAUCCUUGAAAGGCUACCGAAAACCAUCGUCUCGCGAACAGUCUUGGAGAGAAGUUGCUUAUGCUUUGAAUUGUACGCCUGAGGAGAGUAAAAAGCGAUGGAGAAGCCUUCGCGAUGCAUUUAUGAAACAGUGCAAACAGAAUGCCAACGAUGACAUGUACGGCAAUCCAAAGAAAAAGAAGUGGCUGUUUUACGAUCUCAUGAAGUUCUUAUCUCCAUACCUGGAUGCCACUGUGUCGCCAGACGAUUCAUAUAAGAUGGAAGUGCAGUACGUGGAGGAAUACGAGCAAACCGAUGAAACGAAUUUCUACAAAGAGGGCGACUGUAAAUUUCAAACUUACAUCAAAAGUGAACAGAAACCAGCUCCAAAUGAAGCGAACGACGAUAGUAUCAGUAACGAUCCAGAUGAAAUCAUCGAACAAGACGCCGAAGAACAGGAAUCGUACGAAUUGUACGAACGUACCGAUGGAGGAGAAGUGUUUGCCGGACCGAUUGUUAUCAAUCAAAGUGACACCGAACACGAAAGCACCAAUUCACAGAUUCAAAUUGUGUACUGUAACGAAAAGGAACCGAAACCGCCGACUCCGCGCAAAAGUGAAGCAACACAGGUCAGAUAUUCCAUCACCGAUCCGGAUGAACGAUUUCUGCUGAGCUGUGCACCGAUUUUAAAACGUUUGUCGCAGAAGAAAAAUUCGUUGGCGCGGGUUAAAGUGCAAGAAUUGUUAUACCAAAUCGAAUUUGGAGAUACUUAAUGGAUUGGCUGUAAUGAAUGGAACUAAUUUAUGUGCCGCACUUAUUAAAUGGAAUAAAUCAAUUUACAA